UAAAAACAAUUACAAAUGUCUUGUGUGUAUUUGUUAACAUUCGUGGUACCCUUCGUGCAGACAUUUUUCUGUGUUCAGUUCUGCAGUGUGAUAAUUAUUAUGUGUAAAUUUGUUAUUGUAUAUUUGUACCUGUAUUCCUUCGUGGUUCUGGGAAUUGAAUUAGGACCAGUAUUGGAAAUUUUAGAUGGCCAAAUACAAGGAAGAGUUGAGAAAAAUUCAAACGGUAAAACAUUUCAUGCUUUCGAAGGUGUACCCUUUGCGGUUCCACCUAUUGGUGAGGAGCGAUUCACAAUUUCAAGAAAACUAGACACUUGUUGGAGUGGUGUUCUUAAAGCUGAUGAUAACAGUCAUAAAUGUGUGCAAUCGAUACUAUUGAAAGAUUAUUCGGAUUUUCCAGGAAACCCUUCAUUUCAUAUAAUAGGUUCAGAAGACUGCUUAUAUCUGAAUAUUUAUUCACCCGCGAAUUUAGGACAAGACGAAAAUAAUGAAUUGCCAGUACUUGUUUGGAUACAUGAAGGCGCUUUUCAAUAUAAAUCGAAGCAACUUUAUAAACCAAAUUUUUUCAUGGAUUUUGAUAUAGUCGUAGUAACUAUUAAUUACAGAUUGGGACCAUUAGGUUUCCUUUCAACCCAUGAUGGUGUGAUACCCAGUAACUUAGGUCUUAAAGAUCAAAGGCAAGCUAUUCGAUGGGUAUCCCAAAAUAUCAAAUAUUUUGGGGGAGAUCCCACUAAAGUGACAGUAGCAGGACAAAGCGCUGGUUCAAUUGGUAUCAGUUAUCUUCUUCUAGAUGAAAAAUGUCAAGGACUAUUCAGAGGAGCUAUAUUGGAAAGUGGAUCGGCUUUAUGUCCACAUGACUUUCAAUCAGAUCCAAAAACUCAGGCAUAUCGUUUAGGUCGUCUCAUUAAUCCUGACUUCAAAAAUAACUCGAUCGAUUUAUUGAAAACAUUAAAGCAAAUGUCUAUCAACGAACUCAUGGAAUAUGCUUACUCUCCAUAUUUCAGGUUAAAUAAUAAAAAUGACGUUUGGCAAAUAAAUAUCUUAAAUAAUGUGUGGCUACCAGUCGUAGAGAAUUCUAAGGAUGAAGAUAUCGUGAUUCCUAUGCCUAUGCAUGAAGCAUUUUUAGACGGGCAAUUCAUAAAAAUUCCCAUGAUUGCAGGAUUUACAUCAGACGAAGCUGUAGGUGUUCCAGAAUAUGAAGAAUCUUUCAAAUAUGCUCGUGAAGCGGAUGACAAUCCUGGCUUUCUAAUAGACCCAAAUUUGAAUAUUAAAAAUAAACAUGAAGCUGGAGAAAAGCUUAAAGCUGUGUACACGGAAGAUUUUACAACGAAUCUUAAUGCUGUAGUAAAAUUUUUUAGUGAUUAUUACUAUAUCACGCCUAUUUUACGUCAGGCUGAUCUAAUUAGAAGCCAUGUACCAGUUUUCCUUUACCAGUUUUCAUACCAACAUUCCACGAAGCUCCAGACGGACUUACCAGGAGCAGAAAAAGUUGGACAUAGCAGUGAAUUGCGAUACAUAUUUCGUGACGACGAAUUUUCAAAUGAACAAGACCGGUUAACGCAUGAAAGAAUGAUGAAAAUGUGGACUAAUUUCAUCAAAUUCCAACAUCCAACACCGGAUGCACAUGAUGACACUCUCAUCAAAUGGCCAAAAACUACUCACAACUUAGAGUACUUGAACAUAAAUCGAACAUUAUCGAUAUUAAAUCACCCUAAGAGAUAUGAAGCUUGGAGGCAAAUCUUAAGUGAAUAUAUAGAUAAACCUUACUGGAUAUACUGAGUUAAUUGACUGUUAUAUUAUUUAGAUAGCUGCAAUCAAAUUACCUAUAAAUUCCUCAUUUAUGUGUAGUAAUUAAACCUGAAUCAAUCUUGUCAUAUUGGAGAAUUAAUCAAUCAAAAUAGACGUAGCUAUCAUCAAA